AUGACAUUACUCAACCCGGUUACUCACGAACGGGACUUUUCGGGCGUGCCUGGUGCCAUCGGCAUUACUCUUGGCUUGCCUACCCUCAUCAUCUGUUUCCACCUCAUUUGCAACCCGUCUUACGUCGUGGAGGGCGUUUCGCUCGACAUUGACGCGAUCAUCGCCCAGGUUCCACCGUUGAAUGACCUUUUUUUCAAUUACACCUGCUGGAAGGCGUAUCUCGCGUGGUUUUUUACCUUGGUCGCCUUGGACAGACUCGUUCCAGGCAAGCAUUUGCAGGGCGUGGAGUUGCGCGACGGAACCAAAUUGCCAUACAAGAUCAACGGAUUGGCAAUGUCCGGGCUUCUCGGAGCGGUUCUUGCGGCCAGAUGGGUCUCCACCGCAGGUGAAAUGCCCGAAUUGCAGUUCAUCUACAACAACAUCGCUCAGCUCACCGGAACGACCAUCGUAUUCUCAUUCUUACUCGCAGUCUUUGUCCACGUCUGCUCGUACCUUCCAUUGCGUGCUGCCAACGGGAAAAACACCAGAGAGCGGAUUUUGGCGGUGGGCGGCAACACCGGCAACCAGAUCUUUGACUGGUUCAUCGGCCGCGAACUCAACCCGCGGAUUGGUGCCUGGGACAUCAAGCUCUUUUGCGAGUUGAGACCCGGCAUGCUCCUCUGGCUUUUGAUCAACCUUGCGUGUUUGCAUCAACAGUACCACACAACUGGUCACGUAAACGACUCGCUUGUACUUGUAAACGCGCUCCAGGGAUUCUACAUCAUCGACGGGGUGAUUAACGAGGAAGGGGUGUUGACAAUGAUGGAUAUCACGACUGACGGCUUUGGCUUCAUGUUGUCGUUCGGCGACUUGGCGUGGGUUCCGUGGGCCUAUACCCUCCAGGCGCGCUACUUGGUGGUCAAGCCAAUCCAUUUGGGGGCAGUGAACGUGGCACUUAUCGUCGCGUUGAAGGCGCUUGGGUACUACAUCUUCCACUCGUCUAACCAGCAGAAGUCUGACUUCAGAAAGGGCAAGCUAGAAUACAUGGAGUCGAUUAAAACAACCACCGGCUCUAAGUUGUUGUGCGACGGCUGGUGGAGUCUUUCCCAGCACGUAAACUACCUCGGUGACUGGUUGAUGGCCUGGGCGUGGUGCUUGCCUACCGGGUUUGGGACCGUGUUUACGUACUUUUACGUGGUGUACUUUGGGGUUUUGUUGGUGCACAGACAGACGAGAGAUGAGGCAAAGUGCCGGGCCAAAUAUGGAAAGGCCUGGGAGGCGUACGAAAAGAGGGUGCCGUAUAAGAUCAUUCCGUACGUGUAUUAGUCGGGCUGUGACAGCGACGAGAUUCUGUAAUUAGUUAAGCAUAUAUAACCUUGGAGUGUGGUUAUUCAAUAGUACUUAUUGCUGGAAAUAACUGGCACAAGUAGGAUACAAGUGCAUAGUUUAUAUUUAAUAUGAAAUGGCGCACGAGCUUUCUGAGAUCGUCCCAAUUAAUGGC